AUGCCAUCAACAAAUCAACCAGAUAACUCCAAUUCCCUCUUCUCCUCUCUAUCAUCGAAAUUUAUCAGCCUAUUUCAUAUUGAUAAACAUAAAAUUAAAUCCACAAAUUCAAUGAAAAGUUCCAAAGUUUCUAGUACCACCGUUUCGUAUUCUUCAUUUGAUUUCAAGAAAAUAUCUCUUAAACGUUCAAAAUCUUUGCCAGAUGACUCCAACGAAAUCAAGUCAACUAAUAAAAACCGUCGAAAUGGAACUAUCUUUAAUAUCACUAUCCCAAAUUGGAUUGAAGAUGAUGAUGAAUUUUCUGAAAAAGGUUUAAUACCUUCAGUUUUAUUUAAUCAAAAUGAUAUUUAUGAAUUGGCUGUAAUAUCAAAGACUCCAUGUAAACCAUCUCUAAAAGUAAAACCUAUUAAAAUGAAUAAUUUAAAGGAUUCUUGUUUAGAAGGCACUUAUAUUGUACGUGAAUCAAUUGAACAUUUUGCUUAUAUAAGGACUCUACGUAAAAUACGGGAACGGCAAAGACCAUUAUAUCAAAACGUCACUUUGAAUACUAUAAUAAAUAAACUUUCGGAAACCGACGAAUUUCCAAAAUUUCAACGUGAAGAAUUGCGUCAAUAUAAAAUGAGGGUAUAUGAGACCAGUAAAAAAAAUUUUAACAGUAAAAACUUGAAUGAUUCAAAUUAUAGUGUAAUUAAAUCUACUACAACUUUAUGUGCACCAGAAUCAAGACGAAUUGAUACGACGACCACGAUUAAAAAUAAACUGAACGCAUUCCUCGCAGAAUGUCAUGUCGGAUCACCAAUAGUUACGAAAUAUAGGCCAUCCUAUGCAUCAACGAAGGUUGUUACAGUAUUUGAUGAUAAAUUAAACCAACUUGUUGUAAGAGAUUUACCAUUAUCACGUAGAAAAAGAAGAUUAAAACAAUUUAAAUAUUCUGGAAGGGGAUGCGGUACUAUAUCCCAAAAAUCAUCAAGUUUAAUCGUUGGAGAAAAUGGAGGUCGAUUAACUUUGACUGUAUAA